AUGGCCUUUUUCCUAGCGUGGCACAAAUCCAUUGAUGAUUUACUCUAUGAUAUGAUACAACGCGAUUAUUUAUAUAAUGGCGUGGAACUCAUCGCGCUAUUGUAUAAAAUGCAUAACAUAUCCAUUGAUUAUAGAGAAACAUUAAAACAAAUCGAGAAUUGCAAACCGAAACGUGAUCCAGCUUUAGAGGAACUGCGAAAGGCUUUAAAGACAGAUCAGAGUAAUAUACAAGAAGAAAUAACUACAGCGAUUGGUAAGAGAUCUGAAGAUUUCCAGGUGGAUGAAAUUUGUAUUAAAUUCAUUGACCAAUAUAUACGAGAACAUGCACAGAAAAAGGUUCAACUGGAAUUGGCGCUACAAACGCUCAAAGAGUGCAACGAGGAGAAAAAGCAAUUGUUUGAAGGCCUAAGUAAAGCACAUGGUGUGCAGUGA